AUGAAUUCUUCGCCCCGCAUAUCGCUUGCAGGCGAGAUGGGCGCCGGCCUUAUUGAUGGUGCAGAGCGCGUCAUGCGCGCUGUGGGCGCCUGGAAAAAAGGGCGCGUAUACUCGUUCGCAGUGCCUCAGUGCCGCGAAAAAAUCGCCACCGCCACCUACUCUGACCAAUUCGAAGGCGAUUAUUGGGUGGCGCGCCAAACGGAAUUCCGCGAGUUGGAUCCAAGCACACGCCGAGCUGUGUUUGAUUUGCUCAUGCGUUACAGCGCAGGCAAAGCUGACUUGGAUCACUGCCACACACAGUAUGAGAAAGAGUACAUCGAAGAGCUCGUUCAAAUCCAUCUCACCGAGCAUCCACUUGCGGGCGCACCUGCACAUUACUCGUGCUUCAGCUACUUGGCUCAGCUCGAGUACAAGUUGCAAUGGCCCUUGCUGCGCAGGCGGUUUUGUAAUUUGAUUCUCGUGGCGUGGCACGAAUCGGGAAACUCCGCAUAUGUAAUCAGCUUGGCUGUUUCGCCCGAGGUAGCUGGUGCGCGUCCUGGCAACUUUGUCGAGGCACAAUACUCUGCGGUUGAGCACAUCGAGUUUGACCCGGAGUCAGGCUCUCUUAAGUGGACCAUGGCCACAUGCUCCGAUGCAAAAGGACAAAUCCCCGCCUGGCUUGCGCGUAUGUCCAUGAACGGCGUUGUGGCACAAGACGUUGCGCACUUUCUCCGGUGGGCAGAAACCACCAAAUGA